CUGUAGUAGCCACCAAUGUAAAAACAACAACACAAAAAAAACAAAAACAGAUUCACAUGACUGUAACUUUGUUGAGGCGCUGAUUUUAUUUUAAAUAAAGAUGCUUCAUCCAAUUACGAAACACUGCAUUCUAUAUAAAAUAAUAUCUUUGCAAUUUCAUAUUUAUAUUUGGACAACUGUUUUCGCCUCACAUUUGUAUGCUUAUUCUUUGAUAAGUGAAAUAAACUUUGAUGAAUCCCAAGGCUUUGGUCGUCAGUUCGACGGCAUUGGUGGAUUAAGCGGAGGAGGGGCAACUUCUAAGUUGUUAGUAAACUACCCUUUAGUACAACAAAAUGAAAUCUUGGAUUAUUUAUUCAAGCCAAACUUUGGUGCUGCUCUUCAGAUAUUAAAAGUAGAAAUUGGAGGAGAUGCACAAAGCACAGAUGGAACAGAAGCAUCCCAUAUGCACAACAGUUGGGAAGAAAAUUAUGAGAGAGGCUAUGAGUGGUGGCUGAUGAAAGAGGCUAAAAAGAGAAAUCCAGACAUCAAGCUGUACGGUUUACCAUGGGGCUUCCCUGGAUGGCUUGGACAAGGAACUCAGUCACCAUACACCAAUGUUACAAAAACAGCUGACUACAUUGUCAGGUGGAUUACAGGGGCCAAAACUCAACAUAAUUUGACCAUAGACUACAUUGGUAUCUGGAAUGAAAAAAGUUAUACUAAAGAUUACAUUAAGACUUUGAGGAACACUUUAGACCAAAGAGGAUUUCAACAUGUCUUGAUAAUAGCAGCAGAUGAAAAAUGGGAGAUUUCUUCUGACAUAAUCAAAGAUUCAGCCCUUGCUGCUGCUGUCUAUGGCAUUGGCUGCCACUAUCCUGGCACCUACACCACUCAAGAAUCCAUCAACACUGGCAAACAGCUGUGGGCAUCUGAAGACUACAGUACAUUUAAUGAUGAAGUGGGCGGUGGAUGCUGGGCCAGGAUUAUCAAUCAAAACUAUGUGAAUGGACUCAUGACAUCGACCAUCUCCUGGAACCUGAUAGGCAGCUACUAUGAAGGACUGCCCUACUACAGGGAUGGCCUUAUGACUGCUGUACAGCCCUGGUCUGGGAACUACAAUGUGGAUACACCUAUAUGGAUAACUGCCCACACGAGCCAGUUCACAUCCAUUGGUUGGAAGUACUUAAAGCAUGGCUUUGGAGUUGGGAAACUUCCUUAUGGCGGAUCUUAUGUAGGGCUGGUCAGUCCAACUGGUGACCAGCUCACUAUUGUCAUUGAGACUAUGACACACAAUCAUUCCAUCUGCAUCAGACCUCCCCUACCUAAAUAUGAUGUUCAACCUCAGGAUGUGCUCAUUACACUCAAAGGUGCAUUUGCUACUGUCACAGAGCUGAAUGUAUGGUACAGCAAACUUGGCUUCAAUGGAGCACAAGAUAUUUUGUUUCAAAAAAGAAAUCCCCUCAGGCUACAAAAUGGCCAGGCAACUCUGAGCUUGGGUCUGGAUGAGGUCAUUACCCUCACAACGUUGACUGGGGGACAGAGGGGCUCCUACCCCAGCCCUCCUCCACCAAAGCCCUUCCCCCUGCCGUACAAAGAUGACUUUGAAGUUUACACGCUUGCACAAGAGCCAUAUUUACUGGCCCCUCAGAUUGGUACCUUAGAAGUUGUCAAAUCCCAGAAUGCAUCACAUGGCUUAGUCUGCAGACAGGCAGUUCUGCAACCCCCUAUCAAAUGGUGUCCCAUUACACUCAGUUUCCCAGUGGCUAUUAUUGGUGAUGUCACUUGGACUGAUCUCUUUGUUGAAGUUGACUUUGAGAUUUUGCCUGUAAACGGCACAAGUGGUGUUUUUAUUGCUGCCAAGGUUGAUCAAGGAGGCUGUGAAGCCUUCUGGGCUCAUGGAAUAUUUUUCUAUGUAUUACAGGAUAAUCGAUUCGUAGUGUCUAACGACUUAGGUAGAGUGAAGGUACUUGCAGAGGGGGCUUUGACUGUGCUGCCUGGAUGGCAUAGGUUAUCUUUACUUGUUACUGGAACAUGUGCAGUGGGUGCCUAUGACAGCAGAGUUGUCUUCAAUGUUACCAUCCCUGCCAAGCCUAGUCAUGGAUUUGCUGCCCUUGGUACAGACAGUUAUGGGCUGGCAGAUUUUGACAAUCUCCUGAUCACAUCCAAGGCAGAUGGCAUGGCUAAGAUGGAAAGUUACAGAACAACUGCUCAUAAACCCUUGUAUUUUGUACAGGAAGAUCACUAAAGCCAAACACCCACAGAGCAAAGAAGAAUUUUAAAGUGCACUUUUUAAAUUCAGAUACAGGAAAUUUAUUUUUUAAAAUGCAUCCUACACUGUUAACUACUGAAUUUUUUUUUAAAACUCAAGGUUUAUUUUUAAUGUCACUUUUUUGGUUUGUUUUUAUUUUAUACCUGAUUUUUCCUGUUGUAUGAUUCUAGAUUUGCCCUGCUGUUUGUUUUUAUAGCUGAUUUUUUUCCUGCUAAAGGCCAUAUAAAUACUUAUUUUUAUAUGGUUAAUAGAUUUAAUAAAAUUAGUAAUUUUGGGUCAAGUUCCCUUUACAGACUCAGCAAUCUACCUGUGUAGGGAUGGUGUUCUCAGCCUUGUGCCCAUCUACCUUUACUUUCCCUCACAUGAGUCUGGUACUCAGGGACAUCCUUCAGACUCAAGUCAAGACUGAGAUCCGAACUUCCGUGUUAGCAGUUGAGUGCUCUGCUACCCAACCACACCAUCUCAUUAUUUUCCCUUAUCAUAUGCUAUUUCAGAAAACAAUCUUAGAUAGAUUUUAGAUUUGGUUUUAUUUGGAUUGUAGUACUUGCACAUGAAUAACAUUCCAACAAGUGGCUAAAAGUUUAUGUGUUUUCAUGUUUAAUACAAUUAUAACUCAUUGUAAAAAACAUUUUGAUUUUUGUGUGUAAACAUCAAUGUGUCAAAUCAGAACCAUACUACAAGCUGGUCAAUAUGCAUGGGAAAAAGUGUCAUGCAACAUGCUGGUCAAGAUGCAUCGGAAAAGUAAGGGCCAUGCAACAAGCUGGUUGACAUCUAGCUCAAAUGUCAGGGUUAAUCAACAAACUGGUUGACAUCUAGCUCAAAUGUCAGGGUUAAUCAACAAACUGGUUGACAUCUAGCUCAAAUGUCAGGGUUAAUCAACAAACUGGUUGACAUCUAGCUCAAAUGUCAGGGCCACACAACAAACUAGUUGACAUCUAGCUCAAAUGUCAGGGUUACGCAAUAUUCUGAACUUAACUGUUCUGAAUGGCAUUAAAUAAUUAAUGCUGGAAUUAUGGCUUAUGCAGUGUUCCAGCACCAGCUUAGCAUUCAUCAUGUUAUACUAAAUAAGUGUCCAUUAAAGUGUCCUUUUUAAAAUAAAUACAAGCUGUGUUGGAUGAAUGGAAGUUAUCUGUAAAUGGUUUCUACAUUUACUUUUUUUAAGUUUCAGUUUAGGACCACUAUUAUCCAGAGAAAAAUUUCAAAUAUUUUCAGUGAGGUAAAUCUUGCAUAAGCCUUUUUAGUCUGCAUUUACUCCAAUUAUUUUUUUACAUAUUUAAUUGAUCUUUAAUUUAUCUAUUUCAGUUCCCCAAUUUUCUUCCAAAAACAAAUGCAUUACUUUAGUCAACUUAUAUAAAAAAUGAAGCAUGUUUAGGGAUAUAGAGUACAGUUGUUGCUCUAUACACAAUUUAUCACCCACAUUUGUCAAAAUGAUUGAUGGAAACCACUUAAAAAAUGUAAAAUAAAUGUUAUAUAUUGCAAGUU